GGAGGAGGAGACGAGCGGGGGAGCCCGCAAGGCGACCAAGAGCAAACUGUUUGAGUUCCUGGUGCAUGGAGUGGAUGAGUGCUGGCGGACAUCGGACACGGAACCCAGAUGGCUGUGAGCCGGGCUUUUAGAGAGGAUGGCUCUUGCACCGUUCAGCUGAGAAAUGAACCCCGGACAUCUCCAGCAAAGAGCUAAAAUACGCAGGGAAAAGAUGCUCAUCACCUGGCUCUAGCGUCCGGGAAUACCCUCUGGAGCACGGAUGCCACAUCAGGGGGCGCCGAUGGGCCCCCCCGGGCCGCCGUACGGAGGAAGCCCCUCGGUCCGGCCCGGCAUCCCCAACCCGGUGAUGGAGGCCAGCCGGAAGAGGCCCGCCACCUCCCAGCAGGUCCAGCAGCAGUCCGUCCAGAACCGGGCCCGAAAGAAACCAGUGGGAUUCCCUGGAGCCAAUGAGAUCGCCGCAAGGCAGAUGGACAUGAGAGAUGCCCAAUCAGAUCCCACGCUUGGAUCCAAUGCCAAGAGAAGGAAAAUGGCAGACAAGAUUCUCCCUCAGAGGAUCCGUGAGCUGGUCCCAGAGUCACAGGCCUACAUGGAUCUCCUGGCCUUUGAGCGGAAACUGGACCAAACCAUAAUGAGGAAACGGGUGGACAUUCAGGAGGCACUGAAGAGACCCAUGAAGCAAAAGCGCAAACUACGGCUGUACAUCUCCAACACCUUCAACCCCGCCAAGCCUGAUGCGGAUGACUCCGAUGGCAGCAUUGCAUCAUGGGAGCUGCGGGUGGAGGGGAAACUACUGGAUGACCCUGGAAAACAGAAACGGAAGUUCUCGUCCUUCUUCAAGAGCCUGGUGAUCGAACUGGACAAGGACCUGUAUGGACCUGACAACCACCUGGUGGAGUGGCACCGCACCCCGACCACCCAGGAGACGGACGGCUUCCAGGUAAAGAGGCCCGGAGAUGUGAGUGUGCGCUGCACCCUGCUGCUCAUGCUGGACUACCAGCCCCCCCAGUUCAAGCUGGACCCCCGCCUGGCCCGGCUACUGGGCAUCCAUACCCAGACCCGCUCAGCCAUCAUCCAGGCCCUCUGGCAGUACGUGAAGACCAACAAGCUUCAGGACGCCCACGACAAGGAGUACAUCAACUGUGACAAGUACUUCCAGCAGAUUUUCGACUGCCCCCGGCUGAAGUUCUCAGAGAUUCCCCAGAGGCUCACCAACCUGCUCCUGCCCCCAGACCCCAUCGUCAUUAACCACGUCAUCAGUGUGGACCCUAACGACCAGAAGAAGACAGCCUGCUACGACAUCGACGUGGAGGUGGAGGACCCUCUGAAGGGCCAGAUGAGCAGCUUCCUGCUCUCCACGGCCAAUCAGCAGGAGAUUGCAUCCCUGGACAAUAAGAUCCAUGAGACCAUCGAGUCCAUCAACCAGCUGAAGAUCCAGAGAGACUUCAUGCUGAGCUUCUCCAAGGACCCCAAAGGCUACAUCCAGGACUGGCUCAAAUCCCAGACCCGAGACCUGAAGAUGAUGACAGAUAUGGUGGGAAACCCGGAGGAGGAGAGGAGGGCGGAGUUCUACCACCAGCCUUGGUCCCAGGAGGCCGUCAGUCGCUACUUCUACUGUAAGAUCCAGCAACGAAGACAAGAGCUGGAGCAGGCUCUGGCUGUGCGCAACACCUAAAUCCUUCCCCACCUCCCUUCCUUUCAACGCUCCUGAGUCAAUGAGAUGCCCGCGCCUCGUCUGUGAUGUUAAUUUGAUGUCAUACUCAUUUGUUAUUGUGACCUUUGACCUCUGACCUGUGACUGGUGACCAAUUGCACACGCCCUACACGUUGAGCCCAGUUCUGGAAUCAAGCUGUUACCUGUUACACGCAAGUGCCACAUCAAGGCCGUCAAACCCAAUCUCUCCAACUCACAGGACAACAGAACACUGUCUGACCUCUGACCCCCAUCCCCCCCCACCCUUCAGCAUGUCCUGAAUUUCUAAGCAGUGCACAUCUGGAUGUUUUUUUUUAAAAACCAGCUGCCUGUAUUGUCAGUGGAGCCACAAUGGAUGUCACUAACUACCCCAGUGCAGCCCCUGUAUAUGCUGUGGGGUUUCCUCGGUGUCCCGGGGGUCCAGACUUUCAGUUCCCUCAUUCCCCCGUGAAGUGGGUUGAUGCAUCUCCACACUGAACUAAAGACGGAGCUGAAACAUGGUCAGGAACGCAGGAAAAGGUUGUCGAAAGGAGGUCGAAAGGAGGAGAAGGAGGUGGAAGAAACGGAGGGAAGGACUAGGGGGCUCCACACGGGCCCAGUGUUUUUUCAGUCAAGAUUUUCAGUGUUCAACCGCAGCAUUGGUUGUUAAUCAUCAGUAUUAAUUUCACAGUGUCAGUCUGGGGCCUGAAAUCGUCCGUUUUCCACUUUGGUGUCGGGGUUGAGCCUAUCCUGUUGCGUCUUUGGAUUUUCUCAGAGCUCCUGAACAGAUGUGCAAAACAAAAUGCCCUGUUCUACUCGCCACACAUUUGUAACCCGACACAAGACGGAUGCUGUUAAUUUUAUGUAGUCUCACAUUAUUUUUUUAGCCUAAGCUGAAGAACCUAAGCUAAAAGCUUGCACGUUCCAGUUUCACGUCCUCCCUUGGAAGCAUACACACUGGUGGGUAUAUCACCUUAAACCAUAGACCACAGAGUCACACUGCCUGUAUUAGAAAAUAGAGAGAGCAGUGGUUUCCAACAUUGUUCCUGGACAUCUUCUGUCCCGUAGGUUUUAAUUUCAACCCGAAUGUGGCACACCUGAUUCUACUCAUUACCAGCUCAACAGGAUCUCUAGCUGUUGAAUGAGGUGUGCUUUGUCAGGGUUGGAGUGAAAACCUACCAGGCGGUAGAUCUCUGGGAACAGGGUUGGGAACCAGUGACACAGAGAGACGUUUUUGCUCCAUUCUGUGAGUAGAGGUGCGAUAUGACAAUGUGUGUGCAGAGAGUGCAGUACUUGCUGUAGACCACAGGGGGGCGCUUGUGCGUCCAUGCUCCCUUCAUCUGUAGGGGCUUUGUGUUCUUUCCCUGAGCUGGUGCUGCACAGUACGCACAGCUAUUUGCCAGUAAAGUAAGUAAACUAAGAUCCCACACAUACCGUGAAGUUAUAUUUAGUGACAUUUUUAUGUGGUAAAACCCAAUCCUAAAACUUUAAUUGAGAACAUCCUGUCCUAUGGUUGUCAAUUCAUAGGACUGUGUACCACAAACCAAAGAUUAAACCCCACAUCUCUUCAGUUCAGUCAGAGCAAUCUGAUUUUACAUGAAAUUUGUUUGAUGUCAUAGAAAUCACUGACGGUGUUGGUCAUCCAUAUCUGGGAAUCAUAGCUGUCACAAAAAAGUAAAUCUAGAGAAAUGUCAAAGGACACUUAUGUCUUUCAAAAUCCCAACAAGUGGUACUAGGAUUAGGGCACUCUUAACCCUUUUAAGAGUGGGCUUUCUAGAAUGUUUUUUUUUUUUUUCAAUAUUCUAAGUCAGUGUUCUAGAACUCCAUUGGUUUCAAUUACCAAUAGUGAUCAUCAGCAUUAGAAUGUUGGGUUAAGAACAUUCUACUCACAUGUUUGUGAUCAUAUCCCUUACAGCUGUCACAGUGUACCUUAUCAAACAGGUGUUCAGAGCCCUCUCACUGUUGCAGGUGAAAAUGUACUGUUUACUUAAGCUGACAGCCUUGAGGUGUCGCUCACUGUACUAUGUGUCUUUGGACUGGGUUGUAAUCGUUUGACAGCUUGUCACAUUAACUGGACAGAAAAUCUUAAAUGUUUCCAAAGCAUAUGGAAAACCGAUCGGUGUAUAUAUGUAAGUGUCCAGUUCCAUUACUGUGCAUAAUAUGGAACCAGAGUGCCGUGACCCAUUUUCAAGCAGGAUUCAAAUACUGUAAAUAUGGGCCAUAAUCCACCCAGGUGAACAAUAACAUUUUCACAGCGCUAAUAGAAAGUUGAUGGGAGUUUUAUUAUGUUAAAUCAACGUCAGAGCAAGAGAAACCUCAGAUGUGAAUUUUUAUCAAAUUGCUGGUCCACUCUGGACACAAAUGCAGUUGUCUGCAGUUGUCAGUGUUUUGAGUGUAUGUGAGUGAAAUAUGAUCAGUGUUAAUCUGCAGCCAGAAACCGACAGCAACCCCCAGGUUUACAUGAAGGAAAAUAAUUACUUCCUGCCAAAUCCAACAGGUGAAUUUAACAAAGCAUGUUAGCAAGGCAGUGCUUAUAACACUGUGUGGUAGCCGAAUCGCUUAGUUUUACAUUACAAGUGGAGAAACACCCACUUCUAAAUGGCAGGGUGUUUUUACACUGCCCAUUUCUGAACUCCACGGCAGUGCCUGUCUAGUCUCUAGUUCUGAAAGUGGAGAAAAAAAAGGCCUGCAUUUCUUAAACUCCCCUUCAAUGCCAGCAGCUACCAGUCCUUAUCUCAAGAGUGAUAGGGUACAAGCCGCACACAGUGUUGAUUUGAAAAUGUCAAGCAUUCACAUUUUAAAGUGCCAUAGCAUAGCAUUGUUUUGUGGUACACCUGCGCAAGUUUUUUGUUUUUGUUUUAAUAGUUAUUUUCAGGAGUUUCAUGUGUUGUACAGCAAAAGGACAUAACAGCCGAGGAACAUUUGACAGGCAGGACAGUUGGGCUUGACCAGAAUUGGGUUGGGUUGCCACUGACUAGAUUUAUUGGAAUUGUUAAAAAAAAAAAAAAACUUAAACAUGAAAACAUUCCCCUCCAAUUUUCCUCCCUGAAGGGACGUUUUUUUUUUUUGGUUUUUUUUUCGGUCCCAUAAAGAAUAAUGUUUGGAUUCGGCCCUGUUGGAAGUGACUGCCUGGGCUUCUUAAUGAGAACCAUUCUAGCAAUUUCCGUCUCUGUACUGGAGUGGCCACUUCUCAGCUGGAAAUGUGCAGGAGCCAAUGGCAGCAGAACGUGUCACAGGGCUGCCGCAGAAACAUGAUGUAAUGGCAUGUUUUCACAGGAAACAAACAUGGUCAUAAAUAUGCAGUCAGGCUGCUUGUAAAUGGCAGUGGUAAAUUUUCCAGUGCUCAAAAGCAAAAGGUGAUUCAUCUGUAUACGUUACAAAGUAUAACACAGGAAGUGAAGUAUUCCCUAAAUAGCUCCCUACACACAGAUGUCUGUGCUCUUAAAAAUGGAAAGUGUUAAUCACAUAAGCAUUGUGAGACCUUCUCGGUUCCAACUGAAAUAUUUGACGAAAAUGAGUUAGUGUCAUAAAUAUGUUGUUCAUAGGGCAAUUCAUUUCAUAGGAUUUUGUACAUUCUGGGUACUUUUAGGGUGCAUGUUAUUUUAAUCUGUGAAGAACUGCCCUGUGUUUCAGUUUUGCUGUUUUAGGAUGUGAAAGCUUUGAAGCGACUCGAAACACAGAUAGAUCCUUAAUUCCCAGUUUCAUAAUUUGCCUGAAUUUAACCAAUACCUCCAUUCAGUGGACUUCAGUAAUCAACAGACACAGAAGGGCUUCAGCCUUUUAAGGAUCCAGCAUCUGGAUCUGAACUAGCUGAUCUCAUCAGGUUCCUCUCAAUUACAUGUUUCAUAAGGGACUAUGAAAGUGCAAUGAAAUGGGAGGCUGUUAUGCUUUGCUUCUAUUGACAUGGGGAGGGGGGGCAAUAUAUUUUAAGUCCACUAAUACCCACAGAAUUUAUGAAGAUCAUCAUGUAGCACUGCCUGUCACUGAAUUUGCAUCUUCAGCUCCCGAUUGGAUGUCAUAGCUGUCCGUCUCAUCAUGGUACCCAUGGGAAAAAAAUGGAGCGCUUUUUUUUUUUUUUUUUUUGUACUUUGUGAAAAUGCCUGUGAAAAAAAGACAAAGAAACCCAUUGCCUCUAAAAAGAUCUGCUUUGCUUUGUUUUCUAAACUGAUGCAUGCCGCAUGGACAUUACAGUUUAUAUUUUUUAAAGGAUGCUUUUUGGCAUGAAGACGUAACCAUGAACACUGAAUUCUGACUGUGAGACAAGUACACGUUUGGGCCCCUGUGAUUUGGGAGUUGAGUGGCGCUCAGAUCGGUCUGUAAUGACUUCCUGUGCGACAAAAAAUGAGGACCAGAAUCCGUUCCAACGUUGUCGCCUGUUGGGGCCCGAAACAACUGUUCAGCAACACUGUCAGAGAACUGAAAUACGCUUCAGACUCACUCCACCCUUCCUGUGCCCAUCUCACUCCAAGCUGCCCCUUUCCUGACUGCUCCUGGAGCUCAGACAAACCCCCUUCCCCAAACAGGGAUCCAGAAUUCACAAUCUGUACAGUACAGUGCCUGGCCUCUAGGAGGCACUAUAGAGAUCUAUAUUUAAUGUAAUGGCACUUGGUGUUUGUGCGGGGGGGGGUAAAUUAAAAUGUGACUGUGGUUUUGUUUUUUAGACUUGUGUGUGAAGGACAGUAGCAUUUGCCAAAGUUUGUGCCUGCGAGGCUGUCAUGUUAGAGGGUGUGUCCGUGUGACGUCAGUCGGGCUGGUCUGGACUGGUUUCAGUUCCUGGUUUGGUUUCUGCCGCCCAGCCAAUUAUGACGUUCAUAUCUGGGUUCUCUCCUGUGCGAAAAAUCUAAAGAAUGGCCAGCCUCACAGGCUAAACUAGGUAAGUCACAAGAAAAAAAAAUGUUGGCUAAUGUCUAACCAAAAAAAAAAACCUCUUUGAGGGGUUAAUGACCUUAUGAGUGUAUCAGUAAGGACAUUACUGUUACUCUGAAAGAUGUCGACAAAGAAAUGUUUUAACACAAAAGAACUGUGGUGUUGUAUCACGACUUGCAAAUACUUGUUUCAAGAUUGUUUUUAAUGUGGUAACUUCAAAAGUAAAAUAAAUGUUGUCAGAGACAAAUAACCUUGGGAAUAUGCCCAAGCUCGUUUUGAUGAACUCGGGCUGAGGUUGAAAUGCCUUCUGAAGGUAAAGACUAGGAAUGUGGGAGUGUAGGGUGGACUUUUUUUAACAUCCAUGUUAUCUGUUCAUUUAGUACAGACAGCUUUCCUUCUAGACAGGGAGGACUGGUGUGUAUUGUAGGACUAACAGACCAAAAAGAAGCAAAACGACAACAUCAGCAAAAAAAAAUAAAAAUCAUCUUCUUGGCCUUGUUCCCUUGGGAUGAUGGGAAAUGUAGUCACUAACCUGGCAUAUCCAUGUCCUACCCCUUGCAACAACUCGUAGAGCUGCAUGCUGUUCCUUUUAUUCGUGCUGUAGGUCAAGUCUAGUUCCACCUUGUACAUAGAAACACAGGGCGCCUCAGAACCACAUAAAGAACCACCAUUGUGUUUUAUUUGGGCGUUUCUCAGAGCCCAGCUGAGUAGCGUGACGGGGCGUCCCGUCCUCACCGUUGUUUUAGGAAAGUGAUCCUUUUCGUCCAUUAAUUCUUUUCCGUUUGGCCGCCGCUGCAGAUCGAACAGUGGCCUGUAACUUUGUCCUGCUGGCUGUACAGAACAUGUAAUAAAACAUUUCUAAAUAUGCA